CAGUGCAGUACAGUCGUCCAGAGAAGUUUCGCUUCACCACCAAACAAAAACCAGCAUCAUCAUGAACAAGUUCUGCGCCCUGAUCGUCCUGUCCGCCGCCCUGGUCGGCACCCUGGCCGACUACGCCCCAGCAGCCCCGGCCAAGUACGAGGCGCCCAAGGCCAGCUACGGAGGUGGCCACGGAGGAUACGCCGCCCCAGCUGCGGCCAGCUACGGAGGUGGCCACGCUGCCGGCGGUUACGGAGGAGCUGCUUCCCACGGAGGAUACGCCCCGGCCGGUGGCCAUGGAGGUUACGGCGGCGGUCACGGUGGAUACGGAGUUCCGGUGGUGCACUCGUACGCUGCCAAGGCCCCGGCUGCCAAGUGCGGUGCUAACCUGCUCGUCGGCUGCGCUCCCAGCGUGUCCCACGUGCCCUGCAUCCCGGUUCAUGGCGGUGGCCACGGAGGAUACGGCGGUGCCGCCGCUCACGGUGGUUCGUACGGAGGCUCGUACGGCGGACACGGUGCUGCCGCGCCCAGCUACGGACAUGCCGCGUACUAGGAAGCUGACCGCGAGGACCUGAUGGACAACGAGAAACUGGACCGGAUUUAACAAGUGAAGUGUGCCUUAGUUUGGUUAGUUGAAUGCAAUAAUUGUUUCUUUUUGGUGAUGUGAUUGAGGGCAGUGCGUUCAAGACACUGCUGGGGGAGUGAUGAAUUGUAGCUAGAACUGAAUAAAUUGUUUUAUUUAAGAAAUUUAA